GUACUCCUACGGUCACUACUGGCUUCACAACUCCAACAUGUCUUCUGCAGUCAUCCAGUACACUCUUCCCGACUUCUUCUCCCUCUGUGCCUUCAACUUUAGCAAACCUAACCCUCACUUACAGGAGUGCAGAGCAGAGAGCAAGGCGUGGGUCGCUCGUUUCAAUGUUUUCAACGACAAACAAAACGCUAUCAUGGAAAAGAGCCAAACAACCUGCGACUUCCUCAACUUGUUGUUCGUCCUGGAUCAUCUUAGCGAUGACAUGAAUAGCAAGGAUGCGAAUGGCACAUGCGAGGCCUUUUAUCAAGUUAUGGCUGAUCCAGACUUCAAGCACGAGUCUAACUUGGCCGAAAUCAUUCUCGAUUUUCGUCAAGCCAUUAUCCAUUCCGCCAAGCCGCAGUUCUUCAAACACUUCCUGAGCGACCUGAAGAGAUAUACCAAAGCUGUUGCGGAUGAAGCAGAACUCAGAGAAGCUGGACAAGUUCUCGAUCUCAUUAAUUUCGUGCCUCUUCGUCGUGAAAACAGCGCCGUGAGGUGUUGUUUCGCCUUCAUAGAAUAUAACCUCGACAUCGAAUUACCUGAUGCAAUCUUCGACGAUCCUAUCUUCCAAAGUGUUUAUUUUGCGGCCGUUGACAUGGUGUGCUGGACAAAUGACCUCUUAUCAUACAACGUAGAGCAGGCCAUGGGCCACACCAGCAACAAUAUUGUUACUGUUCUGAUGCGGGAGAAAGACGCAAGCGUUCAAGAGGCAGCGGACUGCAUUGGAGUUGUCUUUGAACAACUCAUGACUCGCUUUCUGAAGGACAAAUCUCGUUUGCCGUCCUGGGGCGCAGAUAUCGACCGUGACGUUGCGCUCUACGUCGAAGCUCUUACACGUUGGGUUGGUGGAAACUUGGUCUGGUCGUUCCAGUGUUCAAGAUAUUUUGGAACUGCCAACAAUGUUGCCCUCCUCACUCGGUUGGUGACUUUGUACCCCAAGGAUAUCGAAGAUGGGCAAAAGUGAAAGAGAUGGAUGAUUGAAGGUGACGGAUGUGUGUGGCGCAGUACUUGGAGAUAGGAUAUGAUAGACUGGGUCUUGUCUCUAAUUCUGAGGGUGAUGUUGAGCUCUGCAUUAGACCUUUUUUACUCGAGUUUAAUCUAGUUUAUACAAGCAUGGAUCAAUUUG